AAACAAUAUCACAAAAUGGCCUCCAAGAUUCUUCUAACUGUAUGUGCCAUUUUACUCUUCACCACCUUGGCUCUAUGCAAGGAUAAUUUGCGCGUCGCUUACGAAUGGAAGGAGAUGGAUUACAAGUACGAGAAUGCUGAAGCGCGUUGGAUGGCUAUUGAAAACCAUGAAUUGCGCCCAGAUAAUGUGAUACCUUUUGGACUGGAGGUUUAUCGAUCGCGCAUGUAUGUAGCGUUGCCACGUUGGCGCGAUGGUGUACCGGCAUCAUUGGCCUACUUUGAUCUCGAUGAUAAAUCUACAAAAUCGCCGUCGCUCAUACCUUUCCCCAACUGGGAGGCUCACAGUCUGAGUGAACCCGAUCCGGAGCUUGUAUCACCUUUCCGCAUACGCACCGAUCGCUGCGGACGCCUUUGGGUAUUGGAUUCACGCAUCGCUGGCGUCUUGGAGAACACAACCAUUUUCGGACCCGCUCAGCUGCUGGUGUACGACUUGCAUAAUGACAACCUGUUGCGUCGCUAUCGUUUCCCCAGCAGUCAUAUAAAACAAGGUUCUUUCUAUGCAAAUCUAGCCGUGGAGGAUGCCGACUGUGAGAAUACUUUUGCAUACGCUGCUGACUUGGGCGCUCCAGGUUUGGUGGUUUACUCAUGGGCCGUAGAUAAUUCCUGGCGUGUUCAACACAAUUUCUUCCACCCCGAGCCAUUAGCUGGAAAUUAUAGCAUUGGUGGUAUAGAAUUCCAAUGGGAUGACGGUUUGUACGGCCUAGCGUUGUCCAAGGCACAGCCAGAUGGUUUUGCCACACUCUACUUCCAUCCGCUCAGCUCAACGACGGAAUUCGCAGUUAACACUAGAAUGCUAAGAAAUAAAACCUUGGCUACAUCUAGUGGUAUCUAUCAUGACUUCAAAAUACUUGGAGCGCGUGGCAUAAACGGGCAAGCAGGUGCUGCAUUUGUAGAUCCACGCACAGAAGUUUUAUUCUAUGCGCUUCCAAAUUUGAAUGCUUUGGAUUGUUGGAGUACAAACAAUGCUGAGUAUUCCGCAAGCACGCAAGGCCGCGUGUUUUCCAGCGCAUUGGAUUUGGUAUUUCCGAGUGAAGUGAAGGUUGAUGCGGAGGAUAGAUUGUGGGUGCUCUCAAAUAAUUUACAAGAAUUCAUUUACGAUGAACUCUACCCGGGUAGAGUAAAUUAUCGCAUUUUGACAGCGAAUGUGGUGGAUGCCAUCGAGGAUACAGCGUGCGAUACCAAACAGAAACCGUUGCCAGAGAUUAUGAAGAAUGAAUUAGAUACAAUACUGGAUACAGUGGUAAAUAGAACCGAGCAGGUGACAGCUGCUGGUGUGGCAACGAGAAGCUUAAGUGGCAUAGCAUUUGUUGGAGCGGUGCUCUUGGGUUUGGGAAGUUAUUUAAUAUAAGCUUACAUAAGUGUGUUUUAGAGAGUAAAGCUUUUGAAAAUAUUUCGAUAAUUUCGUAUAUAUAUGUAAAUACAAAUAAUUAAACUCCGUGGAUCAUUGACAAAGCAACUUUUGUGUUUUUAACCGACUUCAAAAAAGGAGGCGAACAUCAAUUUGCCCGAAUAAUUUUUUUUAUUUGGCUUAGUUCGGAUCAGUGGAAAAUGAGGACACUAACGGUACGCCUAAAUUUUUACAUGAGCAUUCAAGUUACUUGUUUUUUUUUUGCUUAAAAAUUACUUAUUAAAAUGAUAAUUUUAGAUGAAAAAGAUGACAUAAAACAAACAACAGUUUUUUACUAAGCAAUUUGUUAAGGGGGAAUGUGCAACCAUAGCGAAAUAUAUAUAAUUGGUUAAUACUUAAUGAAGAUAUGGAAUGAGAACUUUAAAACUGCAAUACCUUAGAGAACUCGAGAUAAGUUGCUUUGUCAAAAGUCCACAGGGUGGUAUAUAUAAUUUAAAAAUUUGCAAAAGUGUACCUAUUAAACUUUUUACCAAUUGUAAAUUUGUUAAGUAGAUUAGGGUCACAGAAAGGCAACUGCAGUGUCAAAGCUAUGUAAUCAAAACAUUGUAAAUUUCAGUUUCUAAAAAAAUGUGUAAAAUACUUACGAAAUCACAAUUUUUAUAAAUACACUGAAUAAUUUUGAGCCUAGCUUUGCUUAAGCCAUAAAAUAAAUACUUUAAUAUAUUUUACAGUUUACUAAA